AUGAUUGUCAAAAUGUUUUUGUCAGUGUUAUUAAGUGUCAACUUUAUAUACCACGUCAAUGGUGCCUCUUACUCCAACGUCUAUGUACAGAGUGAUUUAGUCCCUAGAGGAUUUUACCAGUAUGGUACGCCACAUGCGUCAUUAGCCGCUCCUAGACUAUCUCAAAUCAACACACUACCAUCUAUACCUGGAUAUGUACCCUGUGGAACACCUUGUGUGUAUCCAGGCCAAACAGUAGCUACAGUUGCUUCAGUAAAUCCCCAACCAAAUAUAUUGACUUACGGUGCACCAGCACCGAGUAUCCCAGUUGUUGUUUCACCAACAAAAGAGGAGGCCGCAGCUUAUGAAUACGGCUACGUCGUUUAUGAUGACAACACAGGAGACCAUAAAGCGCAACGGGAAUUAAGUGAUGGCUCUGUAGUACGUGGAGAAUAUUCGUUCAUUCAACCGGAUGGGUAUGUUCGGGAAGUACAGUACCAAGCUGAUGACAUUUCUGGGUUUAAUGCCGUAGUUAAAAACUUCUUGCCCGCUGUCUCUGAAGUUAAAAACCAAGUUGAGAAAAAAGAAUCUUCUCCACCUUGCCCUGAAAUCAAACACGAAUCAUUAAUAGAAUCAAAUGCACAGAAAGAACAUGUUCAUAAAACUCCUGAAUCAAAUGAACAUGACCAUAGUAAAUCCGAAGAGUCCGUUGAGAACGAACAUUCAACAGAAGCAGCACAUCACUUGCACCCCAUAAAGGAAUCAAAAGAAGAGUCGGGGGAGAAAUCACAUGAACACGCGCAUUUAAAACAUGAACAUAUUCAACACCCAUCUAAAGCUGCUUCCAAGGAAGAUUCCAGUGAUGAAUCUGGUGACAAAUCUAAAGAGGCACUUACUGUAAAACCUAAAGAGUCAGAAGAAAAACAUCACAAAGCACCCAAAUCAUCUGAAGAAGAAUCAGGAGACGCAUCUGAAUCAAAAGAAUCUAAAGAGGAAUUAAAGGAAAAAGUAAAGAAACAACCCGUAAAAAAGGUAAUUCACUCAGUGGAUAAACACGUGAAAGAGUCCAAAGAAGUAUCCGUGGAGGUUUCCAAAGAAGAAUCGCAUGAAGGUCACAAACAUAAAGAAGUUCAUGAUUUAUCACAUCCUGAACCAUUAGCGUCGUAUAGUGACAUAAUCCGUUGUAUUGAAUCAGUGAUGAAGAGGAAUAAUGUAGUUCCAGGCGCCAUGCAUGACGGACAUCCAUCCCCACUAACUUAUAUAGUACUGAACAGACCUUGUUAG